AUGAAUAUAAAUCAGGAAAACUGUAGAUUAUGCCAAAUAUAUAUAGGAACUGUACCUCUAAAUGAAGAUCUAAGUCAAAUAAUUUUUGAUGUAACUAGAAUUAAGGUAAAUGACCAAUACCAUAAAUUACUACCAGUUAAUAUAUGUGCAAAGUGCAAUACUACUAUUCUGGAAACUAAUACAUAUCUAAAAGAGAUUCAAAGAGUUAAUUCAGUACUUUUGGACUACUUAGAAAAUACCAAAAUAAAUGUAAAUAAUUCAUUACCCUUCAAUGAGAAUAGUGAAGUAAAUAAUUGUGAUAUACCUUUUAACAAUAAUGGUGAUUCUCCAAAUGGAAAUGUGUUACAUGGCAUAGAAACAGUAGAAUCUCAUGUAUGCCCAAUUUGUUCCCAGAAGUUUUCAAGAAAAACUAAUUACAUAAAACAUAAAAGAAAACAUCCCCAAUUGUAUUGUACUAAUUGCCACACAUUUUUUGAAGAACAAGUAAAGUCAGAAAAUCAUAUUUGUAAGUUACACAUAAAGAGAAAAAAGGUUGGUGUGAAAAUUAAAGUUGAAUCAAAAUCUGAAGAUAUUAAAGAUACUGAACAUACGAGUGACUACCAAUAUCAAUGUAAUACAUGUUUAAAACAAUGUGAAAAUAGGAAAUCAUAUAAAACUCAUAUUCACACACAUGAGAAAUUUACGUGUGAUGAGGAAAAUUGUUCAAAAGUUUAUGCUUCCUUAUAUUCACUUAAAACACAUAAACUAAUCCAUGAAGGGAAAAGACCAUUUCUUUGUGUUGUGUGUGGGAAGGAUUUCAUUUCCAAAAAGUCACUAAUUUGUCACGAAAAGAUCCAUUCAAUAAUAAAAGGUUAUCACUGUGACUUAUGUAAUGUUGGUUUUUCUAUAAGAAGUAACCUAAGGGCCCACAUUAAAAAAUAUCAUGAAUGCAUAAGGUUUCAUUGCUCUCAGUGCCCCAAGGAGUUUAUGACGAAAUGUACUUUGGACAGGCAUGAAAAAACUCAUGCAGGUAUUAAAGAAUUUAAAUGUCAUGAGUGUACGUCUGCAUUUUAUACUAAAAGGGAACUAAUUAAACAUCAAAGAUAUCAUCAGGGAAUAAAAUUACAUAAGUGUGAACAAUGUUUUAAAACAUUUUUUGAGCGCCAUCAUCUGAUUACUCACAUUAGAAGCCAUAAUGGAGAAAGACCUUUUGUCUGUGCAAUGGCUGAUUGUGCAAAGUCAUUCUAUGAUAAACAAAAGCUAAGAAGACAUGAGAGGACUGUACACUCUGUUAAAAAAGUAACCUAA